GUUUUUCUUAUUUUGAUUCUGUAGAGAAUUCUCAAUGGACAGGCAACAUAUUUGUGCUACUGCAUCUGCUAGUACUAGUAGUGCACCUCAUGAACCUGAGUAUCAUCUCAUGAGACACAUGAGGAAUGAAACUCAUGCAGACAAUGCUGUCUUGCCUGCAGUAAGGCACUACUAUCCUGGUAUCUGUCACACCUGCCUCAGAAUGCCUCCUGAUCCUGUGCAUGAGCCACUACAGCCGGGCCUGAUGCGCUGCUCUGGCUGUCAGCUUGUUGUCUACUGCUCCAAACGAUGCCAGAAGAUGGAUUGGCGUCAUCACAGGGACUUGUGCCGUGCCAACAAAGUUGAGGGUGGCAAGAACGUAUUUGAGAAUGCUAAAAAUCAAGUAGCUCAUGGCGGAAGCUGGUUUCGCUAUAGAAAUAGGAUGUACUCAUCAGCAAUGGCGAGCUUGAAGCGUAAACUGGAGCCCUAUGAAUAUGAUAUCUUCAUGUUUCCUCGAGUGUGUAACAUUUGUCUAAGUGCCAAACAAGAUCAACUGGCUGAUUGCCCAAUGUGCCACUCUGUUUUCUAUUGUUCUUCUGAGCACCGAGAUGUGGACCGCCCACAACACCAGACGUACUGCCUGCUGUUUCUUUUCAUGCAUCAAUGCGAUAAAUUCGAAGCUGCGAAGGGCAUGCGAGAUAUUCCUCUUCCCGUCGAAGUUGACGCUGUUUACAAGAACUUGCCUGAUGGACUCAUGACCUUGUUAAAUCCAGAAAAGGAGCGUGAGCCCCUGAAAUCCCUUGGUGUGGAAGGUAUGAAAUUUUUUAUGAUUAUAGGCGAGAGGCUGAGCUAUCCGCUAUCUCUGCAAUAUGUCUUGGAAAAUGUGGGUUUGGGGUCAGAUAACAAACCCCUGCAUGAUAUGACAAAACUGAGCGUGUUUGUAGUCGGAGCCAAGAGUGACACGGAAGUUCUAGGGAUCCACAGAUGGGAAUACCUGGCGCAUCGUCUGCCUGCUCUUCAAGUCCUUCGUGUGGUCUUCAUUGGACCUGAACUAUUUCUUCAUGAAAGUUCAGACGAGGACUCUUCUUCUAAUGAUUACAUUCUGGAAGACAGCGGAGAAGCCAUGUGCGAUGACUGCAAAGCAAAGCCACGCAGGAUUGUCUAUGAGUUAGCUAAUAUGUACUACCAUGAUUUUGUUGUAAGCUCGUAUUAUUCAAAGCCUGAUGUAGUUAUAGCCUACAACUGCGGUUUCGGUGAACAUGUUGACAGUAAAUCCGAAGAUACGUGGCAGUCUUCCUUCCCUCUGCUCGUAGCAGAUCCUGCCGUCCCUCUGGUGUUCACCUCCCACACGCUAAAAGAAGCACAUAGAGAUCUGAGCGCGCUGCAAGCCGCUGCUCCAGUCAAGGUUGUGAUGCCCACGCAGCGCAAUCCUUUCAGCAGCUGUCGACCUCACAGAGAUGACAAAACCGAAUCUCCUGCUUCUAAUCCCUUUUUUUUCUUGAACCAAUACAUAACUUGCGUUCGUCGUGCUGAUGAGUGAUGUUUUCAAAGAAUCUAUUUUCAUUGCUACGGAAUUGCAUUCAAAGCAAUGUUAAGAGAACAAUUUUGAGCCUCACAAAUAUAUACGGUAUAUGAUGGUUUUUCCCGCUGCGGCUAUUUUUGAGUUAACAAGCCCAUUAUUAAUUAUUUGUUGAAUUCUUUUAUGUCUCUUUCUUGAUCGCACAUUCAGUGAACAGGAACUGUACUGAAUCACUUUUUCCCAGACUCAUUACCCUAAUGGAAAUCACUUGAUUAUCCGAUUUUCCGGUUUUUGAAAAUAAUUCGAAUUGGAAAGUGCGCGUGUUUUGUGGUGAUUUGAGCACUUGGGUUUGUGCCUGCACCGAUGGAUUUAUCUUGCGUUAUGUCAAUGGGCGAAUUUUAUGUUCUAUUUUAUACUUCGACUUGAACGUAAUUAUUACACCUGUACUUGGAGAAAAAUGUAUAGUAUCUUUCCAGUUAGGAUUAGAUUUAUCUAAAUUGUCCUAUUCGAUAACAAAUGUAGUUCGCAGAAGUUUUUUGAUAUGACGAUGGUAAAAACACCAACAGUGGCAUUAUGGUUUUGUAAUAUAAACUAAGAUCAGCAUCAUGGCUGAUAUCUAAAGGAUUUAAAAAAUAAUGAAGCUCUCAAAAAUAUGCCACUGCAUGCA